CUUUUUCACAUUAUAUCCUACUAGAACUAGGAUUCUGGUGAAUCUGCUCAUUUUUACUGCUCCAAAAGUUUAAUUGGGCAAUUUCCCAAUUGUUAUCUUUAACUAUAUUAUUACUUCUACUACUACUGAUCCACUCCAUUUAUUCAAUCCCCACUUUAAAAAAUAAAUAAAAAAAUCUAUCUUUUUCAAGAAAGAUUGCAUUUAUAGCAGAGUGUGUGGAGGUUGAUUCACUCUGUUUAGAUCUCUCUCACUUGUCUAGUGUUUACUGAGCAACUUCACUUCAGAUUUGUCACUUGGGAACUUUCUGGUGCUGCUGCGAGCACAUAAUGGCGUCCAAGUAUCAUGGACCAACCAACAAAACACGGCGACCGAUCUCUAUAUUGAUUGUAAUUGGUCUUUGCUGUUUCUGUUAUCUAAUAGGAGUUUGGCAGAAAAGUGGGUCCGGAAAGGGAGAUAAGCUAGCACUAGCAGUGACCGAGCAAACUGCUGACUGCAAUGUCUUUCCACCGGCCACUCUAGAUUUUGAGUCGCACCAUAAUUAUGUGGAAACACUUGAAACUUCAGAACUAACAACUAAAAAAUUCAAAUCAUGUGAUCCUAAAUACAGUGACUAUACUCCCUGCCAAGAACAAGACCGAGCUAUGAAGUUCCCACGGGAAAAUAUGAUAUAUAGAGAAAGGCAUUGCCCUCCAGAUGAUGAAAAGCUUCGUUGUUUGAUCCUGGCACCCAAAGGAUACACAACUCCAUUUCCAUGGCCAAAAAGCCGUGAUUAUGCCUAUUAUGCUAAUGUUCCUUACAAACACUUGACAGUUGAGAAGGCGGUCCAAAACUGGGUACAGUUUCAGGGAAAUGUUUUCAAAUUUCCAGGAGGAGGUACAAUGUUCCCUAAAGGAGCAGAUGCAUAUAUUGAUGAACUUGCUUCUGUGGUUCCAAUUAAAAGUGGCAUGAUAAGAACUGCUGUUGACACUGGUUGUGGGGUUGCAAGCUGGGGUGCUUACUUGCUGAAGAGAAAUAUUCUGGCAAUGUCAUUUGCACCUAAGGACAAUCAUGAAGCACAAGUGCAAUUUGCAUUGGAGCGAGGCGUACCUGCUGUUAUUGGAGUUUUUGGUUCCAUACACCUUCCAUACCCAUCAAGAGCAUUUGACAUGUCUCAUUGUUCUCGGUGUCUGAUUCCCUGGGCUUCAAAUGAGGGCAUGUACAUGAUGGAAGUUGAUCGAGUUUUGAGACCUGGUGGAUACUGGAUACUGUCUGGUCCUCCACUCAAUUGGAAGACCUAUCACAAAGUCUGGAACAGGACCAAGGCGGAUUGUAGAGCCGAGCAAAAAAGGAUUGAAGAGUAUGCUGAGCUUCUUUGCUGGGAGAAGAAAUACGAAAGAGGUGAUGUAGCUAUAUGGAGGAAAAAUAUAAACGGAAAAUCAUGCAGAAGGACAUCUGCCAACAUAUGUCAAACAAAGGAUACUGAUAAUGUCUGGUAUAAAAAAAUGGAUGCAUGCAUAACACCAUACCCUGCCGUCCAGAACUCUGAUGAAGUAGCUGGAGGGGAAUUGAAGAAGUUUCCCGCUAGGCUAUUUGCAGUUCCACCACGUGUAGCCAAUGAAAUGGUUCCUGGGGUAACAGUUGAGUCUUAUCAAGAGGAUAAUAAGCUUUGGAAGAAACAUGUCACUUCGUACAAGAGGAUCGUUAGCCUACUUGGCACCACAAGAUACCACAACAUAAUGGACAUGAAUGCCGGACUUGGAGGCUUUGCAGCAGCACUAGACUCUCCUAAACUUUGGGUGAUGAAUGUUGUGCCAACUAUUGCUGAUAACACUCUUGGUGUCGUAUAUGAGAGGGGGUUGAUUGGGAUAUACCAUGACUGGUGUGAAGGCUUCUCUACGUACCCGAGGACGUAUGACCUUCUUCAUGCUAAUCGCUUGUUCACUCUGUAUGAGGACAAGUGUGAUUUUGAAGAUAUUCUCCUAGAAAUGGACCGUGUCUUGCGUCCUGAAGGGGCAGUCGUUCUUCGAGAUGGAGUUGAAGUCUUGAACAAGGUUAGGAAAAUCGCAGCGGGCCUGAGAUGGGAAACUAAAUUAGUAGAUCAUGAAGAUGGACCCUUGGUGCCUGAGAAAAUUUUUGUUGCUGUCAAACAAUAUUUUGUUGAAGGUGAUGAAGACCAAAACACGCCAACUGAUGAAUGAGUCGGUGCCAAUAUUUGAGUAUGUAGGAAAACCUGAGAAUUCUAAAGUGGAAGGUAAGAUUACCAGGCAGAUAUAUGGAGGUUCUUUCUCGUACAACAAAUAGUGCAAGUUCUUAUGUAGAGCAAUUUUAGUUUUUUUCUUUUCUUUCAUGUGUGAUUUUGGAGAGAGGUGAAAAGCAAGACCUUUUUCUCCAAAUAAUGAAGCAAAGCAGAGUUCACUAGUGAUAUUUAUGUUUGGGAGCAAAUUGAUAGUUGUUUCCACUAGUU